AUGAAGGCCGAGCAUGACCACCUGAAGCUCAAGGAUCGAGCCAAGUUCCUAUGGAAGGAAGAUACCUUCAAAGAGCUUCUCACGCAGAUUCGGGGACAGCAAUCGGCGCUUAAUCUGCUGAUACAGGGGUUACAAAUGGAAUCUAUCGGGGAUGCCAAAAAGCUAGUGGGGGAGAACAGCGUCAUACUAGACCAAGUCGUCAAGCAGUCGAGAACUUUACAACGGUCGCAUCCAAAGCUCAAAGUACCUGAAUCUUUGUUCGAUCAGUCAACUCUGCUUGACGAGGAAGCCGACACGGAGUCAAUCCUGAAGGCCACUGAGUUCACAUUCGAUGAUGAGGUUGUCAAUUCGAAGGCGUAUCGAAGAGCAAUGGCAAUGGCCCUUUCGUCACACAAGGUACUUCAUGUCUCAGAGACCGAGUAUAGGAACGAAGAUAUGACCUCUCCCGAGCCCACACAUGAGUUUAGAUAUCAGAGCAACAAGAUUGUGCGGAAGGGAAUUCCUCCGCCACAAACCCAACAGGAUGUUCCGACCAGUACACAAGAGCCUGAAGUCAAGCAAAAGCAGAUAUAUCGACCCGCAACACCAAAGGAACAUGCGGAGUUGUUUGAUACUCUCGAACGAGACGUACUCUUGUCCAUGCCUCAAAUGAUGUCCUUGCUGAAGUCAUACAUCAUUGCUCUGCAGAAGUUGAUUGGUAUUGCUCGAAAACUUCACGAGCCAGUGGCAGGACCAGGGCUUGAGCGCUUGAAUUAUGCUCUACAGGCCGUUACUUCACUCCAGGAAUCGACAACUGCUUUGCUGGAAGAAGCAAAAAGCCGUGAAGACGUUCAAAAAAUUGAAAGACGAAUCCAUACAGAUGUCACUACCCUCUGCCAACUACGCCUGUACGACUCGGUUCGUCGCGUUCAGCAUCAAGGCGGCAUGGCAAUGAAAUUCAGAAGCCAGGGACCAUGGGUUCCAGUUUACGCUGUGCUUCUGGACCAUUACUUCCUUUGGGGAAAGGCCAAGAAGAGCAAGGGCGAUGAAGUACUGGUACUGAACGCACCCAUUGCUGUCGAGAACCUCGAGGCAACCCUUCCAUCUGAUCCGCAUCAAUUACAAAAGGCAACUAUGCUUGAUCAGAUACCAAGGGGCUCGGUAUUAGCUUCUCGAGUACAAAUCGAUAUUUCUCACACCGAGAUCAACAUGGACGUCCCACAAUCCCAACAGCCGGCGUCAACCCUCGGACACCCUCCUAUCCCGACUGGUGUCAAUCCUGACGAUAUCGUUGCCAUCGUCACAGUCCACCACCCCCAGGCCUCUCAUGUCAACCGAGCUACGCCCUUUGCAAAGUCUGAGAUACGGACAUCCCUAUCUGCCUCAGAAUCGUCUCUGGAUGGCUGUCACAUCUUUCUACAAAGCUUAAGUGAUAGCCCGGCAUACUCGAUGGGCCGUGCCACUUCCACUCUGGCCCGUGACGUCUACUUUCCUGGCACUAAGACUGGUCCAUACCAGUUUUAUCUCGCUCCAAUCUUCGAAAGCGACUGUUGGCGCCUACAGUCAUACUCUGAGGCGCUUGCCACUGUCAACGGCGUGCCUAUUCGGCACCCUACCGCGCGUGUGAAAAAGCUCCUAGACCAAGUCCCACACGCCGUUCAUUUAGCCCAGGAUUCAGUCAAUCACGCAGAGGUCAAAGGCUUGAACAUUGAAAUUCGGCUUCUGAAGACGGCGCGUCAAGCCCUAAUCGGUCACGAGUUCCCCUCCGAUGCACCCCUUCCCCAGCUACAAGAAGAGCUGCAAGACGUUACCCACCGGCAGGAACCCUGGGCCCGAGAACGUUACAUCCGCACUGGGCAAGUAUCUGUCAACUCUAUUCGGGUUCUCGAGCGGUUCACUGGCACAGUGCAGACCGCGAAGCUUUACCAGGAUGAGGCACUUGGACGAAAAUGGAGGGGUGAUGAGUUUGGGAUGUUUGCAAAGGCGAAGGUAGACGCUUCUGUCGUGCGAUUUCUCCAUCUGACAGAGAUUAGACAAAUCCCAGCGGCUAUCACAGAAACGCACGAAGGAUUCCAGUCAUACGCGGCACUGGAAGCUGAGAUCAAGACGCUCCACCCGGGCGUCCGGUUUUCUAUCGCAUCGAAACUCCUCCGGCGACUGUUUUCGGCACUAGCAUUUCUUCACUUCAAGGGUAUCCUGCAUAAAAAUGUAACCAAAGAGAGCGUGCUACUCCGUUUAGUCAGCUCGAAGCCAGAUGCUGUUCUCCUUGUGGGCUAUUCAGCUGCCAAUACUUUCCCUGAGGCUAUAGCUCCUCCCCUGGAAGAGAUGGUCCAAGAAGCGAAGGCCGCGAUGCAGAUGGUCGUGGACUGUUGCGACAUCUGGCAGCUACGCAAGGCUGCUUCCAAAGACGCUCUGAGCCAAGAAUUCUGUGCAAAGCGAACAGAGGAUGCUCGUAAAGACUUCCAACUGGUAGAACGUGUUGCUGCAGACUUCUUCGAUCGAAAGGGCAACUCAAGACAGUCAACCAAGGGAAAGAAGAUGCUCCGUCUUCUCGACUUGAAGCAGAAUGCGUGGCAUAUCGCCCAGGCUAACCAGAUGCACAACUCGACUCGCCGUGAGAUCGGAAUGUGCCGCAUGCCCAUGAUCAAGGACAUGGAGGAGGAUUGGACAAGGGCGCAUCCAGCGGCUAGAAUUGGCGAAGAUCAUCACAUGAGCUUAUCCUUGGGACAUUCCUAUCUGGACAGCUUGGCGACAAGGAUGUACCACGGGCGAUGGGAUGCGACGCCAAUGGAUGUCUGUGCGAAGAUCAAAGAGCUCGCUGGAGAGAUCGAAGAGCCAUGGCAGACCAUUCCAGUCAUGCGAACUGUGACGUUCAAUCAUGGCGACCUUGGCUUCCAGUCCACUGGUAUCUUGGAGUGGCUAUCGAGUUACUGCGAAGCGUACCCGGAGUGGCGAGCAGCAAUCGAAAACGAAUGUGAGCGACACAUUCAUGACUAUGCUGCCACAGUCACCAAAGCAACGAUCCGUAGACUGCAUGAUGCUCUUUCGAACCAUGGUACUUUGCCAACCGCCAUGGCUGCGACUUUUGCACGUCUGACAGGCGAUGAGAUCACUACCAUCAUGAACAUCCGUGAGACCCACCUUAUUUGGUAUCACAAGUCGUCUCGCAUGUUCAAUGCUACCCAGAUCCAUCGUCUAGCGAGUUUACCAAUGCUCUUGGCCUGCAUUAACGAGGGAAAAGUUCCAUGCGACAAUUACGUCGAAGUCCGUGGUGAGGCCAAGCUCGAGGGGUUGUAUGUUCCACUGUCCCUCUUGAUCAAAUUCGCCACGUCACUGGGAUUGUCUCUUCAGGUUCCGGAUCAUUCGCAGGAGUUCCCAUCGUAUGAUCCGGCAGACUUCAGCAAGGCAGUCCACUUCAUUGUUCUGGCUCACACUGGACUUGUGCCAUGGGCAUCGGUGACUCGGGAGGGCGGGCAGUUCAAUUUCCAUGCUCCUCUCAUGCCACAGGCUUUCGAGUCGCGCGGCACCUUUCUGGCAACGUAUUUUGGCAGCAUGAAAGUCUUGCCGAAAAGCGUUCCGGGAAGCCGAGAGGUGUAUCAACGCCCAAAUCACUGGUCUAAAUUCAAGACGGCCAGUGAAAUCGAAGAUGCCGCUGAUACAAACAAGCAGGGGAUUAUGCCAGUCAAACGACUUCGCGGGAUCUUCAAAUCACGAGCUCAUCAACGGGCUAUGGUUCCAUUGUCCAAAAAGCGUGGCACAGGUGUCCAAGAAGCAGAGUCUGGGACUCCAGCUGGGAAGCGUUCGAGGCCUACUCCAGUAGAUGAAGAUGCUGCCAUUGGGAGCCCGCCGCCUGCGAAAGCUCCUGCGAUCUCGACAUCGUUCCUAGAUCGCGCCAUGCACAACUUGGAGCGUCAAGCAGCGGGUGGACCACAAUCCUUUUUGGCAGCACCCCAAGUCUCGUUCGACUCGUUCUUCAAGAACGGUGAGAACAACAACCUCUCUGUCGCUCCACCCAAGGAUGCAGCUGCUUUGAAGCUGUCCUUCACCAUUGCGUCUAGAGGAUCUUUCAAUCUCAACGACGACAUCAAGCAAGCGGACGAAUGGCUUGAGUUGAUUGGUGAAGAGGACGCGGACGAGCCGGUAGUUGAGGGCCUCUUUGGAUUCAACUUCCACCACUCUCUCCGGGAAGAGGAGGACAAAGGAUCGGCUACAGAGAUCGCAUCCGAUGACGAUGAGCAGCGGUUGCCAUCAGCCCAGAAAGCGUCGACUCCGGUUCACAAGCAGAACGAGGUACCAACUGAGGCUACGUCUGACGAUGUCGAGAAGUCUUUACCGGGGAACAAGGGCAAAGCUCCUGCAGACAACGGAUCGCCUGUGCAAGCUGACAACGACAAAUCGUGGUUGCCAGAGAACAAGGGCACGUUGCCUCGGGACGAGCUUUCUCCCAGGUCCCGGAAUCAGCUUGCUAUCUCAGAGUGGAUGGGGAAGACUACUACUCAGUGUAUACCAUCCACUGAGGCCUCCAGCUCGCCAGUUCAGGAGAAUCCAGUAGGUUCUCCUACCGCGUCCAUGCCAUCCACCAAGGCACCCAGCUCACCGAUAGAUGAGGAUCUAGCAACGCAGAUCCAACCAUCUCAAGAGGAGCCGUCAAGCCCUAUCCGGCCGUCCCCCGCCCCUACGAUCGAGGAUUUGUUGUUUGAGAACCCGUGGGCCGGUGAUGAUGACGAUAUGCCAAAUACCGAGGCGGGCGGGUCCCGCAACGGUGAUGGCAUGCCGGAUACAGAGGUCGGAGAUGAUGAGGACAUUACGUACCAGACACCCAGCGGUAUGAUGAGGUAUGACGAAGGUAAUGGCAUGUCGGGCAUGUCGGUUGAGGACGGAGAGAGCGAUGUUGGUAUGCGACGGUGGUUGUAG